AUGCACCAUGGCACACCUCUGCCAUGGGGUGCCAACAAUGGCAGCCUACCACACGCAGUGGUCCACCACGGCCACCGGGACACCGACGGAGCUGGGAGCAGCCUCCACGCGACCACCGCGCCGAGACACCCCGAGAUUCGCCGUCCUCCGCACAACCUCCGUGCCGAGGCGAAGCCGGCCACCCCAAACCCACCACCACCGUGUCCCCGGGGCCGCCACCCCAGCAUGCCUGCGCCGGCGAGCCCGAAAGACCGAGCAGGACCAGAUCAGCCCCCUUCGGGCCUAGAUCGGCCCUGGCCGCACCAGCCCGCCGACGCGUCUGUGGCGCCGCCGCGCCACCAUCCUCUCCGUGGCCACCUCAACCACGGAACUGCAGACAACAGCCGGAACCGCCGCUCCUCGGCCGGCCUGCGGCACGCGAUGACCCCGCCGGGACCACCCGCUCCAACGGAUCUUGGGCGCGGCCUCGAUCCGUGGCUCCGCGCGACCUCCGCGCCGAGCAGCCGGCGGCCCAAGCACCUCGGCCUCCACCGCGUCCCGGGGCCGCCGCCCGUGCCGCUUGCGCCGGGCGAGCCGUCAUCCUCACCCUAG